AUGUGCCACUUUCAGGUCUCCUCACACACUGCUGGUGUGUUCCAUUUUUUGUCAUAGGGUGCUGGCAGAUUACGGGCCUCCCAUAGCUGCUGCUGCAGGCCCCUAAUCUGCCAUGGGCCCCCGUACCGCAUGCUCCUCAGAGUGCUGCUGCCAGGUCCACAGCUGCUGUCUCAUGCCAUGUCUCCUCACACUGCUGCUGGUGUGUUCCAUUUUUUGUCAUAGGGUGCUGGCAGAUUACGGGCCUCCCAUAGCUGCUGCCAGGCCCCUAAUCUGCCAUGGGCCCCUAUACCGCCUCCUCAUGCUGCUGCCAAGUCCAGAGUCUCUCAUGGGUCCCUGUACGGCCUCCCAUUGCUGCUGUCUCCAUCGCCACACUCUGCCAUGUGCCACUUUCAGGUCUCCUCACACACUGCUGGUGUGUUCCAUUUUUUGUCAUAGGGUGCUGGCAGAUUACGGGCCUCCCAUAGCUGCUGCCAGGCCCCUAAUCUGCCAUGGGCCCCUGUACCGCCUCCUCAUGCUGCUGCAGGUCCAGAGUGCUCAUGGGUCCCUGUAGGUCCAUUGCUGUGUCUCAUGCCACUCUGCCAUGUGCCACUUUCAGGUCUCCUCACACACUGCUGGUGUGUUCCAUUUUUUGUCAUAGGGUGCUG